AUGAUGAUGUUUGAAGCUCAAUCAUUCUACAUACCGAAAGAUAACCCAUUGAAGCCAUACGGUGAGGACGCUCACUUUAUAAACAAGGCGGCGCAGGUGAUCGGAGUUGCCGACGGUGUUGGCGGCUGGGCCAAGAAGGGAAUCGACGCCGGCGAAUACGCACGCGAGUUGAUGAGGCAUGCAGAAAACGCCGUCUACGACCGCCGCCCCGGCACAACGUACCCCUCGACUAUCCUUCAAGAAGCUGCCCACCGAACGGAGGCGCCGGGCUCUUCCACCGCCUGCAUCGUAUCCCUCACCGCAGAUGUUCUCAUGGCGGCAAACGUGGGCGACUCGGGAUUCGCCGUCAUAAGGAAGGGCAAGACUUGUUACAAGUCGCCGGUGCAGCAGCACGCGUUCAACCACCCUUACCAGCUGGGGAAUUCCGCCGCAUGCGACGCGCCGGAGAAGGCGGACAAUGUGUCGGUGAGGGUGGAGGUCGGCGACGUGGUGGUGGUGGCGACCGACGGGCUUUUUGACAAUUUGCAUCCGAAAGAAAUCGAGGAUAUUGUGGACGCGUGCAUGGAUUGGAGUCGUCUGCCGGAGGACCUCGCUAGGACGGCCUACCUAAAAUCCGGGGGUUUCGGCCACCGCCCCCGAGGCCCGUUUGCGGUGGAGGCACGGGCCGAACUCUUAGGCCUUGCCGAGAAAACAUGCAAAGGGAAAUACCGUGAUGAUUUUAAAUACGCCGAACACAAAUCCAAAUACGGUCGUAAUAUUACCACCGGGGGCAAGAAAGACGACAUCACUGUCGUCGUCGCACACAUUGUGCCCUCGCAUUUUAAUAAUCUAAGUAAUUUGUGUUAG